AUGGCAGCCACGGCCUUGAUGAAUCCGGCUCCGGCAUAUCAUCCUCAUAAACCGCCCUACCCAACCGCUUACCAUCAGCCACCUCCGCCAUCGAUGCCCAGUAUGAUUUCGCCCGGUGAGAGUAGGAGGACGCCCAACGAAGCGGAACCUGCCCAAAGACAGUCCCUUCCUUCUUUAUCAGAAGUCUUCCCAGGGGCUAAACCAAGUCAUUAUUCGCCGACUACUCCUACGACAUUGGGUGGUUCUCACAGUUUACCUCCUCCAUUAAGAUCUGAGCCGCCUCCCGAAUCACGACCGCCACCACCUUCGCAUGAAGACAAAUUCUUCCGCUAUCCUCCGCGAUCAGAAGUUGGACCACCGCCUGGUCCGCCUCUUCCUCCCGACUCGGGAUAUCCGUACCCGAAUCAGCGUGAUCCCAUUAAGCCCCCAGAACCAGUAUCCAACGCAGGUCACCAAAACCCGCCGCCUCCACCUCAGAUCCCGUACCCUGCGGGCCAGUACCCAUUACCUCCAGCGCCUAUCUCGCCACACCAUCUAGGCCCCUCACUUCCACCUUACGAGCAACCACGGCCGCCCCUUCACGCCGACGAGGAAUACGGCAUACACCGAAAUCGGUAUGAUUCUAACACUUUAAAUCGGCAUUUCGAGUCUUGGGGCUACCAGGACUGUCUAAACAAGUUGGUGUGGACGUCAAGAACUGUUUGCAAUUUUGCCGAGGCCUAUAGUAAAAUUGCUUCGGAACAGCAUGGUGGACAACCCAUUCCAGAGCGAUUGCCCAGUGACCAAGAAGUAUCAAGCAUGCUGGGAAAUGUGGAGUUUAUGAAACGUUCCCUUGAAAAUCUCCGGGAAUUGGUACAACACAGCUUGGCAACUGAAAAAGCACGAGAAGGUCGAGGGAAAGGGCCCUAUGAUGGAGAUGAUGAUAUAAGCAUGUAUGGUGAUGGCAUGAAGCAACCAUAUGGGCUUAGUGAAGUGAAGAAGCGACGAGGCCGCGCAGCACCUCCCGGCCGGUGUCACAGCUGCAAUAGGAUCGACACUCCCGAGUGGCGGCGAGGACCAGAUGGUGCGAGAACGUUAUGCAAUGCAUGUGGGCUUCAUUACGCCAAACUCGAGAGGAAACGUCAAAUGGAGCAACGGUCCAUCCGACCGAAGACGGUGGAGGAAAGAGUAUGA